AUAUAUAAGUUCUUGAGGCGGGAGCUGGUCAUCAGUCAAGAGGAGACCUCGUAGUGGCAGCUUGUUUGCUUGUUAGACGAGAUCGAAAUCUAUUCAACAUGUACAAAUCGAUCAUCCUUUUCGCCAUCUUGGCUUGCGCCGCCGCUGCGCCUGCACCUUCGCACGUGCUAGCUUACUCCGCCCCUGCUGUAGUGUCGUCUGUAGUCCAGCCUGCUGUGUCGAGCUACUCUGCAUACUCCAGCUCUGUAGUCCACGGCUCCCCUGUAGUGCCUGUAGUCCACUCAGCUCCUGUAGUUCACUCAGUACCUCUUGUCCACUCAGUACCGGUCGCCUACUCCGCCCCUGUACACACAGUAUUAGUCUAAGAUAGCAUUUAUGAAUAAGUUAAUAACGAUAGAAAUUCUUUACCUUUAUGUAGUUUCCAAGUUUUCGAGUAAAUUCUGUAACAAACUGACAAUGUGAUCCUUAAUUUUUGGUUUUUGAAAUGGUUUGUGCUUUAAAGUUUUUAAAUUCUCCAAAUUUUAAUAUACUUAUUUCUCUAAAUCGGCAAAUGUAUAUGUGAUAUUAUAAGGAUAAUAAUAAAGGACCGGGCCAAGUUUGACCCGUGAGCUCCAAAGCGUACAAUAAUAAUA